AUGGCGGCGGCAGCUGUGAGAAGCGCCAAGCGGAGCCUGCGGGCCGAGCUGAAGCAGCGUCUGCGGGCGGUGAGCACUGAGGAGCGGCUACGCCAGUCCCACCUACUGACCCAGAAGGUGAUGUCCCACAGUCAAUACCAAAAGUCCAAAAGAAUUUCUAUCUUUCUGAGCAUGCCAGAUGAAAUUGAGACAGAACAGAUCAUCAAGGACAUUUUCCGAAGAGGGAAAACGUGCUUUAUCCCUCGGUACCGGUUCCAGAGCAAUCACAUGGAUAUGGUGAAAUUAGAAUCACCUGAGGAAAUUUCUUCACUUCCCAAAACUACCUGGAAUAUUCUUCAGCCUGGAGAAGAUGAUGUUCGAGAGGAGGCCUUGUCCACAGGAGGACUUGAGCUCAUCUUCGUGCCAGGUCUCGGGUUUGACAAACAUGGCAACCGUUUGGGGAGGGGCAAGGGCUACUAUGACACCUACCUGAAGCGCUGUUUGCAGCACCAGGAAGUGAAGCCCUACACCGUGGCCUUGGCUUUCAAAGAACAGAUUUGCCUCCAGGUCCCCGUGGACGAAAAUGACAUGAAAGUAGAUGAAGUCCUUUAUGAAGACUCUUCAACACCUUAAAUCCAGAUGACUUCAGCCAAAUAAUCAGUGUUUUGUAGCAGAGUAAAACAAAAUCUGUGUAUUUUUCUCUCGUCAAAAAUUUGUUGAAAUUGCACUUUAAUGUGAAUACAGACUGCAGUUUUUUAAAUGUAAUUUUAAAAUACCCAACAUAAAACCAUCUUUAAAAAUC